CUCCCUCCAUAGACUGAGCGGCCGCGGCGGAGGAUCUGAUGCUGGGGCCGGUGCCCGGGGUGUGAUCCACCCCCGGUGACGCUAUGAGGCUGCUGGCCGGUGCCGGUCUGUGCCUGGCCCUGUGCGCCCUGGCCCUGCUGGCGGUGGCUCUGUGCACCGAUCACUGGUACGAGACUGACGCCCGCAGACACCGGGACCGCUGCAGGAAACCGGGCGGCAAACGGAACGACCCUGGCUACAUGUACACCCCCGGGCAGCACCUGCCUCUCCGCGGAGGGGGGGCCUCCAAGAGCCGGGCGGCGCGCGCUGGAGGGGAGCUGCUGCUGCAGAGGGGGGUCCGGCUGAUCUCCAGAGCCGGGGAGCUGGGUGCGCCCCUUCUGCCCCCCGACGCCCCCCGCCCUUACCUGGCCCUGGACUCCCACUGUACCCGCCGCUUCAACUCCACCGUCUCCGGUCUAUGGAGGAAAUGCCACCGGGAGGGGUUCGACAAGGACACGGAGGAGCUCAUCCUGAAAGAAGUCGUUCAGCGCUGCACUCCAGUCAGAUAUCACUACACAUCCUCCUCGCUGCCAUCAAACCUGCCAAUCAAUGUCACCAAGACCAUCCGUCAAGACGAGUGGCAUGCUCUGCAUCUGCGGCGGAUGACAGCUGGCUUCAUAGGGAUGGCGGUCUCCAUCAUCCUGUUCGGAUGGCUCGUCGGCGUGUUGGGUUGCUGCAAGGAGCAUGACCUGAUGCAGUAUGUGGCAGGGCUGCUGUUUCUCAUGGGAGGAACAUGCUGUAUCAUCUCCCUCUGCACCUGUGUAGCCGGCAUCAAUUUUGACCUGUCUCGGUAUCCACGCUCUGUGUACGGUUUACCAGAAGACAUCAGCCAUGGGUAUGGCUGGUCAAUGUUCUGUGCCUGGGGCGGGCUGGGACUCACCCUUCUCUCCGGAUUCCUCUGCACUUUGGCUCCAUCACUCAGUGCUUCCCAGUCUGCCGUCCAAAAACCGCGGCAAGAGAACGGGGCAGUGUGACCUGUGGACUGGAGCAGAUAGGAACAACCUCUUCGAAGAGAGAAAAAAUAAAAAAAUAAAAAAGAACAUGCCACCAGACUGAGGCGCUCGUAUCCUGCUAAGGAAGUUGUUCUGUUCAACUUGUGUGUCCGACCGUGUUGAUUGCUUGUGAAAAUUACAGAAGUUCGAACUUCGUGUUAACUAAAGGGUAUUAUGGGAAACGGAGUGGAUGGGGACAGGUUACAUGGCCAGAAGGGAAUAAUGGGCUCUCUCUACUGGGAAACACCACGGAUGAAGUUCAACCAUUGGAAACGUCUAAUCUGGAAUAGACAUUAUUGGCAGGAGACGUGGAAUCCAAGAAUCCAAUCCCAGCCUUCUGGAGAAGACAUUUUCCUCUUUGUACAGAGACAUUCAUCAGUUUGGUGCAGCUAAAUGACCAUUGCCUAUGGGUUCAGUGUUUGAGAAUUUUGUAUACACACCUAUAUAGAAAUAUAACGACAGGUAGCAGAUUUUUACAUGUUUUAAUACAGUCCACAAAACCGCCUUACACGUCCGCAAUUGGCUCUGCAAACAAAAAAUUCAAAUUUUUCCGCUUGCGUCCUGAGUUUAGUGCCUUGGCACAUAACCACCCGCCCUGGGACAGGGAUACAUUAGAAAACAUACAGACCUCCUGCCGUGCCUUUCGAGUAGGUCUCUUGAGCCUACAGCAAACUCAGGCUCCAUCCGAGAAGCUUUUGGGAAUAAGGUGAAAGAAAUAUUAGGAAACCAUUACAAGAACAAAGCGCUCUGACGAUCACGUCACCCGAUCAGAGGCUCCAGGGGAUGAGAUGGACGGCUAGCCUGGUGUGUGUUGGGAGUCAGGUUAAGGUGGGAGGAGGGAACAUGUGGUCAUAGACCGCUUCUU